AUGAACAACGUUUCAACAACGCAAAAAGACGUCAAUAAAGGUUCAUGUGGUAUGGAUUGGCUUAGUGAUCUAUUGGAAGGUAUUCCUUAUUGGGAUUUUGAGCAUCAAUUGAAAAAGAAUGUCGUUGAAACUUUUGAAAAUGAAAGAUUAAAGUUUUUAUCCAAGUUAAGGGAGAAAAUGUCAAUAGAAAGAGCUACUGCUAGUUUUUUAAAAGAUGCAACUGAAAAGAUUGAUGCUAGGCAGGUUCAAUACAGAGGCUUUGAUUCUAUUGAUUCCAUAGAUCGAUAUUUGCUUGAGGUGCAGAAUGAUAUUCCACUUGGUGAACAAAAGGUAAACGCGUUUGAACAAUUUCGUGAUUCAAUUAACGUUAAGAGAUUCACUCCAAAAUGGAAAUCACAAGAGGUUAUUAAAGAGACAAAUGUGGUUCCGAAAGAUAUACUCAAAAUUACAAGUGAGAUAAGCUCCUUUUUGAAAGAAAGUUUGAGAUCUGACUUCAAGUUACGGUUCAAUCAUAAGCCAUUGGGCAAUGAUAAAACAUUUAUGAUCUAUCUAUUGGAUCGUGAAGCUGAUGAUAUUUCUUGUGAUAUUCGUGAAAGCUCUAUUAAACAUUUUGAAGUUGACGGAUUUGAUGAAAAUGAGUACAUGGAAGAAUGUUUGGAUUGUGAUUCUAUUUUCCCUAUUGAUUUUGGAAAAAGUGUUCCAGAUUCUUUCCCAGCUUUCAAAAAAGCUGAUCUUAUUAUUCCAAUCAUUGAGAGCUUGAACUUGAAGAAUGAUUCCAAGGAAAAGAUAAACACGCACUUUCCAAUAUGGAAUUAUCCACCUUUCAUCACAACUUCAAAAGAAACAUCUUUGCAACUUGAAAAAUUUUUGUUACAUGAAAAUUUACAAAAGGGGGUUGAGUACAGAUUAAAAGCUCCAUUUAUGGAUGAUGCACCAUUGUUUGGUGAACCUAAAAAACCAUUGGAUCUAAUAGAUAUUGAUGAAUUGAUACCAUAUCAAUACAUUAAACCACGAGAUGCUGUUGAAUUAUACACAAUAAUCAGUGAUGUGUCUGAACUGGACUUUAUUGAGGAGGAACUUGCUGAGCAAGGUAAAAUGUCAGCUCAAGCUUCAGAAUCAAAACUACUUCCACAAAAGGAGUUUGAUAUUUUUUUGAUGGAUAUGGAUGUUCAAAAUUUGACAGAUUCAAUAGUUCCAGAUGAUGAAGGAGAAAAGUUGCAAAGUAACCAACCAGUAAGCCUGGAUGACAAGAGUAUAGAUAUAUCAAAUGAUCCAACUGCAUUACAGAACUCAAAUGUGAAGAUGGAUGAACUUACAGAUUCAACAAAUAAAACAAGUAUAUCAAAUUUAGAUAAUGAAACAUCUUUGAAUGCCACUAAAAUGGUUACAACUAUGCAAAAUAAAACAGAUGCCUUUGUAUCUAAAAGAUAUUUGGAUGAUGAGCUCGAUGAUUUGAUUGCCAAAAGAAGAAAGAAAACUAACACCAGGGUUAAUAAUUCAAAUAUGAAGACUAAUAAUUCUUUGAACUUAGCUAGUAUGUUAUUAUCCAGUACAAAGAUUAAUGAAAAUUUAGAGGAAGAAGAAGAACCCUCAAUUGCUGAAGAUGAAUUAUCAAAAGAAAAUUCAUCAAAGGCACUUUCCUUAUUUCCCAAACCAAAGAGCAUAUCGAGUCAUUAUAUUGGUAUCAAUAGCUCUAUGAUGGAUCAUGAUAUGAACUUAAAAAUCACUCGAUACUUUGAUAAACUUGAAAAUAUAGAAAUCAUAGAGUUUGAAUUGGGUAAAGAUGAUGUGGACUUUAUAAUAUCAAAAACACAUGGUUUGAUACUAUUAGAGUACAAAGAUUGUACACAAACAAAUGAGAAUGGGGAUCUAGUAUUUCAGCAAAAGUUAUUCAAAAAUCUUAUGGAAUUUAAAAAAUUGGAUGUUUUAUUAAUGAUUAAUCCUAACGUUGAUUUUGAAAACUUGUUAUAUCUCCAAACAUGUUUUUCUAUGAUGGGUGUUGAUGUCCAUAUUACAAAUGAUUGUAUUGAUAAUAUUACACAAUGGAUACAUCAGAUUAUUAUUUCAAAUGAAGGAGAUCUUGAAAAAUUCAAAGAUGUUGAAGAACCAGGGGUAAGUUAA